UUCGUAAAUUACCAAGAAACUGCAACAUUUGACUUGUUCUGGAAGUUCUGCUUUCAUACACUAUUCAAAUAAAUAAAAUGAUGAGGUUUGAACUUUGAUCAACACGUAACAAAGAAGAAUGAUCUCUUGAAAAGGUUUAUAUUGGAAGACGCAAGGCUAAAAGGCAACGAGAUUCAGAGUGGAAUCUUCUGAAAAAUGUAUACAUACGCAGAUCAGUUUGUUGAGAGUCCGUUGGUGAAUUCAUAUGAUGACACAAAGCCGCGGAGGACGCACGCUUCUUUUCAUGGACACAACAUCUUGAAUCAUAGUUCAUCUCCCUCUUUCCAACCCUCUGAAGGGGCUUUAGAGAUAGGGCAUAAGGAAAAACAUGGGAAGAAAAAUAAAAGCUUUGCAUGCAGGAUUCGAGAGCAUGUGAAAUUGGGGCCCAAGUUGUCAGAAACUGUGAAGGGAAAGCUACAGUUGGGGGCAAAGAUAAUUCAAGGAGGAGGGAGGGAGAAUAUAUUCAGACAGGUUUUCGAAAUUAGAGAAGGAGAGCAGAUGUUGAAAGCUUCGCAGUGCUACUUAUCCACAACAGAUGGUCCUAUUGCAGGAUUACUCUUUAUAUCUACUGAGAAGGUUGCCUUCUGUAGUGAAAAAUCCAUAACAGUUCCUUCCCGCCAGUUCACAACAACACCAAUAUUCAAGCAGGUGGUGAUACCUGUAAGCAAGAUUCAAAUGGCCAGCCGAAGUGGGAAUGAGGAGAACACAGCCCAGAAGUACAUAGAAAUAGUUACAGAAGAUAAUUUCGAAUAUAGAUUUAUGGGGUUCUUACGCUAUGAGAAAGCUUUUCAUAAUCUUCAAAUGGCCAUUCGUAGGGCCACCCGUUCUUAGGAAGCGUUUGGCUGAUCCUUUCAGGGAAGAAAACUUUCAUCAGACAAAAUGUUGUGUAUGAAGUUACAUGUAUGUAUAAUUUUCUCAGUUUGAAUAUUAAGGAGUGCGGGACAAUGCUUGCCUCUACAUGUAAAACUUUGUUGUGUUAGAGCAUUCUCAAUUGCUUAUGUAUUGUACAA